CGGGCUGGGGCGCGGGGCGCAGAACCUGCUCCAGAGCCCGCCUCCUUGCACUUUGCUGUUGAGAAUGAAGACGUCGUGAGGACCGGGUGUCGGCUCCCAGCGUGUCAGCCCCGCCAGGCCUGUGCACGGAGCUGGGCGGUGCUGUCUGCUGCCCAUCUCAGCUGGCAGAGCUGCUUCUCGUGUCUGCACAUCUGUUUGAACAAAACAGCCAUGGGCCAGACUGGGAAGAAGUCGGAGAAGGGACCCGUUUGCUGGCGGAAGCGCGUCAAGUCCGAGUACAUGCGGCUGCGGCAGCUCAAGCGGUUCCGGAGGGCCGACGAAGUCAAGAGUAUGUUUAGUUCCAACCGUCAGAAAAUUUUGGAAAGAACGGAGAUCUUAAACCAAGAAUGGAAGCAGCGAAGGAUCCAGCCCGUGCACAUCCUGACUUCUGUGAGCUCAUUGCGCGGGACCAGGGAGUGUUCGGUGACCAGUGAUUUGGAUUUUCCAACACAAGUCAUCCCAUUAAAGACUCUGAAUGCGGUUGCUUCAGUCCCUAUAAUGUAUUCUUGGUCUCCCCUGCAGCAGAAUUUUAUGGUAGAAGAUGAAACUGUUUUACAUAACAUUCCUUAUAUGGGAGACGAGGUUUUAGACCAAGAUGGGACUUUCAUUGAAGAACUAAUAAAAAAUUACGAUGGAAAGGUGCACGGGGAUAGAGAAUGUGGGUUUAUAAAUGACGAGAUUUUUGUGGAGUUGGUGAACGCGCUGGGCCAGUACAAUGACGACGAUGAUGACGACGAGGUGGAUGACCCUGAGGAGCGAGAAGACAAGCAGAAGGACCUGGAGGACAGCCGUGACGAUAAAGAAAGCCGGCCACCUCGAAAAUUUCCUUCAGAUAAAAUUUUUGAAGCCAUUUCCUCGAUGUUUCCAGAUAAGGGCACAGCAGAAGAACUAAAAGAAAAGUACAAGGAGCUCACUGAGCAGCAGCUCCCAGGCGCGCUCCCCCCCGAGUGCACCCCGAACAUCGACGGGCCCAACGCCAAGUCCGUGCAGCGGGAGCAGAGCCUGCACUCGUUCCACACGCUCUUCUGCCGGCGCUGCUUCAAGUAUGAUUGCUUCCUGCACCCUUUCCACGCCACACCCAACACUUACAAGCGGAAGAACACAGAGACAGCUCUGGACAACAAGCCUUGUGGGCCACAGUGUUACCAGCACUUGGAGGGAGCGAAGGAGUUUGCUGCCGCCCUGACGGCCGAGCGGAUCAAGACCCCACCAAAGCGCCCCGGGGGCCGUAGGAGAGGGCGGCUCCCCAACAACAGCAGCCGCCCCAGCACCCCCACCAUCAACGUGCUGGAGUCGAAGGACACGGACAGUGACAGGGAGGCUGGGGCUGAGACGGGGGGCGAGAACAACGACAAAGAGGAAGAGGAGAAGAAAGACGAAACCUCCAGUUCUUCUGAAGCGAAUUCUCGGUGUCAAACACCCAUAAAGAUGAAGCCAAAUAUUGAGCCUCCCGAGAAUGUGGAGUGGAGCGGCGCCGAGGCCUCCAUGUUCAGGGUGCUCAUCGGCACCUACUAUGACAACUUCUGCGCCAUCGCUAGGCUAAUUGGGACCAAAACAUGUAGACAGGUGUAUGAAUUUCGAGUCAAAGAGUCUAGUAUCAUCGCCCCAGCCCCCGCCGAGGAUGUGGACACCCCUCCUCGGAAGAAGAAGAGGAAACACAGGUUGUGGGCUGCGCACUGCAGGAAAAUACAGCUGAAGAAGGACGGCUCCUCCAACCACGUUUACAACUAUCAGCCCUGUGACCAUCCGCGGCAGCCUUGCGAUAGCUCCUGCCCUUGUGUGAUCGCACAAAAUUUUUGCGAAAAGUUUUGUCAGUGUAGUUCAGAAUGUCAGAACCGCUUUCCCGGAUGCCGGUGCAAAGCCCAGUGCAACACCAAGCAGUGCCCAUGCUACCUGGCUGUCCGAGAGUGCGACCCUGACCUCUGUCUCACCUGCGGGGCUGCUGACCACUGGGAUAGUAAAAAUGUGUCCUGCAAGAACUGCAGCAUCCAGCGGGGCUCCAAAAAGCAUUUGCUGUUGGCACCGUCCGACGUGGCGGGCUGGGGCAUCUUCAUCAAAGACCCUGUGCAGAAGAACGAGUUCAUCUCCGAGUACUGCGGUGAGAUCAUUUCCCAAGAUGAGGCAGACAGGAGAGGGAAAGUGUACGAUAAAUACAUGUGCAGCUUCCUCUUCAACUUGAAUAACGAUUUUGUGGUGGACGCAACCCGCAAGGGCAAUAAAAUCCGUUUUGCGAAUCAUUCGGUGAAUCCGAACUGCUAUGCAAAAGUCAUGAUGGUCAACGGCGACCACAGGAUAGGGAUUUUUGCGAAGAGGGCCAUCCAGACUGGCGAAGAGCUCUUCUUCGAUUACAGAUACAGCCAGGCGGAUGCCCUCAAGUACGUGGGCAUCGAACGAGAAAUGGAAAUUCCUUGACCUCUGCUACCUCCUCCCCCUCCUCCUCCACGGAACAGCUGCCUUAGCUUCAGGAACCUCGAGUACUGUGGGCGAUCUGGAAACAGAAAAUACAGUUUGGAAUUCUGAAUUUGCGAAGUACUGUAAGAAUAAUUUAUAGUGAUGAGUUUAAAAAAUCAACUUUUUAUUGCCUUCUCACCAGCUGCAAAGUGUUUUGUACCAGUGAAUUUUUGCAAUAAUGCAGUGUGGUACAUUUUUCAACUUUGAAUAAAGAUACUUGAACUU